AUGUGUUCUAAGAAUACAAAAGAAAUACACGUGUUACUAUUUGUGGUUCUUGGUACAACGUCAGUGUCACCAAGGUUACAGUGUUCUACAAGUAGACAUCUGUACGGUAAGACAACAAUAAACAUGUGUUUAUCACUUCCUUCCAUCGUAUUAGUAACACUACUUCUGACUACGUCAUCAUCUUCCCAGUUAAGUGAAAAACGUGAUUUUACUAACCAAGGAUGUAUGGGAACUUACGACACUACCAAACUCGCUCGGCUAAAUCGAAUCUGUGAAGAAUGUUAUAAUAUUUACCGGGAUCCACUCAUUCAUAAAACCUGCAGAUCGAACUGCUUCAAGAACGACAUGUUCACCGACUGUAUCAAGGUUCUACUUCUGGAGUCCGAAGAACAACACUUAAACAACAUGGCGGGUGAACUGUUUGGGAAGUAACAUCUCUUGAUGAAGUGGAAUAUGUUGACAUGGAAACUUGUAACUUAAAACAAACUUGUAUUGAAUUAUUGAAAUAAAUCAUGAACAUUUAAAAUGUGUAUAAUUUGUUGGAAAGUUAGCCACUUCUUGAAAACAAAUCGUUUUAUUAAUAUUGUUAUCAGUACAGACACGUGGAUGGAAGUUAACAAGAUAACCAAAUUCCAAAAUGGAAUAUAAAACUUUG